UAAAAGAAUUGAUCGAAUGGAUAAAAGAAUUCUUGAAAUAGAGAAAUCCAAAUUCGAGGGAAAAGUUAUCCAAUUGGAGGAAGAUAAUGCCCAAUUAGAAAAAGACAAUAUCCUUCUGAGGAAUGAAAACAUCGAAUUAAAGAAUGAAAAUAUUCAGCUGAAGGCAUGGAUUGACGAAAUGGAGAACAACAAUAUUCCAUUGGUAAACGAAGAUACCAAAUACGGAAACGUCUCAAAAAAUGAACUCACUAAAACGUCUCAAUAUCACUAACAUCAGUUAUUGAUGAUUUCUUUUGUAUUAUUCGAAUAAUAUUUCAAGAAAGCGUCACCGAAUGUCUUGUGCGAUUGUGCCGUAUGUGAUUGGAAUGUAUACGAAAAUG